GGCUGGCGCCGCGGGGGUAGGAGGCUCCUUCGCGCCGCUUCUGUGGCCGCCGCGGUCUCUGCCCCGCUGCGCUUGCCUGCCAUGUGGGUCCAGUUCGCUCCCUUGCGUCUGCCUCUCCGGCGACGCCUGCAAACGGCCGCGGUCCUGCAGUGGGUCUUCUCCUUCCUGGCGCUGGCGCAGUGCUGCCUGGUGCUCUUCCUGCUGCUGCUGCUGGGCGACGGCUGGGUGCUGGCCGCCCUCUACGCCGCCUGGCUCUACCUGGACUGGGACACGCCGGCCCGGGGCGGGCGCCGCUCGGCCUGGGUGCGCGGCUGGACCCUCUGGCGCCACUUCCGCGACUACUUCCCCAUCACGCUGGUGAAGACGGCCGAGCUGGACCCCACACACAACUACCUCUUUGGCUUCCACCCGCAUGGGGUGCUGGUGGCUGGGGCCUUUGGCAACUUCUGCACGGAGGCCACGGGGUUCCAGAGGCUCUUCCCGGGGCUCACCCCGCACCUGCUGAUGCUCCCCUUCUGGUUCAAGGUCCCCUUUUUCCGCGACUACAUCAUGAGUGGCGGGCUGGUUUCCUCGGAGAAAGCCAGCGCCUCCUACCUUCUCAACCAUGAGAGUGGAGGCCAGGUGGCUGUGGUUGCAGUGGGGGGCCCCCCCGAGUCUCUGGACGCCCGCCCCGGGGCUUUGACUCUCCGGAUUCUGGGCCGCAAAGGUUUUGUCAAGAUGGCGCUGCAACAUGGGGCGGCCCUGGUCCCCGUCUUCUCCUUUGGGGAGAACGAGCUCUUCAACCAGGUCUCCAACCCACAAGGUUCCUUCAUCCGUGCUGCGCAGGAGCGACUGCAAAAGGCCGUGGGGCUGGCACUGCCCCUCUUCCACGCUCGGGGGGUCUUCCAGUACAGCUUUGGGCUGCUGCCCUUCCGAAGGCCCAUCUACACCGUGGUGGGGGCUCCAAUCCCUGUGCCCAAGACCCCCCAUCCGUCCCGGGAGGCCAUCGACCACCUGCAUGAGACCUACUUGGAGAAGCUGACUCAACUCUUUGAAGAGCACAAGGCCGAAUAUGGGCUCCCUCCGGAGAAGCACCUCAGCCUGAUCUAGAAGGCAGGAGACCCGGGACUUCUCUUCCCAGGAGGGCCGGGUGGGGGGGGGGAUAAUGGACAGUGCCUUGGCCCUUCUGGGGAGUGAUGGGGCUGAAGGGGGGGCCUUGUGCCCCCCCUCAUCACUGGGGCGCUCCCUCUGCCGAGAAACUGAGAGGGCUGCCAGUUGUGGGCCUGGAAAGAGAUGGGGGCAGGCCAGGAUGUGGGGGUGAGGGGGGGCACAGGCUUGUCCAAAUGCAGUGGUGUCUCAGGGCCUCCUGGGCGUAUGAAACCCUAACCCAGCCAAGCUUCUGGAAAACUGUUUUUCUUCGCAGAAAUAAAGUGGAGGAUUUCCUGAA